AUGAGUGAGGUGCCGAGACACAAAAAAAGGGUAAAAGUGCACGGCCAGUGUUCCUCCGACUGGAUAGUGCAGGCCUGCCUCGUGCAGAGCGUCUGGGAGGAUCUCGCGGGGCAGUGGCAGCGCUGCAGAGUCAGGCCUGCCGCGCAGACGACUUCCAUCGCCGGGAAGCCAGGGGGCGCCACCGCUCGCGAGUCCUCGGACACCGACGGCAGCAGGGACGGGCCGCCGGAGAAACGCAGGAGGCUGCUGCAGAGAUCGGGCGGCGGUCGAUCCGACGUCGUCCCCGAUACCAGUGCCGAUGCUGUAGCGGCAGCGGCGGGUUCUGAAGCCGGCCCAGCGAUUCCCAGGUAUUCGAGCAUCUCGGAGGUUCUCUCCAGCAUCGAUGAACAGAUGAAGCAGCUCGUCGAUACUCUAGAGUCGGCAUUGCAAGACGAGACGCAGCCUUUUCCGACCCGCACCUUCGAAGGGAUAUGCGUCCUCGUCGAGGUCGUGGUCGUUUCCAUGGCGACGCAUCGGAGCGAAUCUCGGACGACGUGGGAGUCGUGGAUGCCGAGUCGUAGCCUCGCCGCGAUAGUAGAGCUCUGCGCAUCCGUCGUAUGCCGUGCAGCCAGCAGCCAACCACCGGAGGUGGCCGUUAGCGCAUACAGCACUGCACUGCGAUUGGUCGGCGCUCUGCUCUACGUCACAGAUUUGGUCUCCGUGGAGAUGGACCAGCUUCAGGUGUUCACAUGGAUAGCAUCGCUGCCUUGGUUAAGUAACGAGACAUCCUGGGUGGACCUAAGACUUGGGAAUGCGAGUGAGGUUGGAGCCACCAGUGCCAAGCUAACUCCUCUGAUCGAUGUGAGUGUGCGGUGCAACUGCCUGUCAAUGAUGGCUCAGCUUCCUCGUGACGUCGCGCCCGGAUGGAGGACGCACGUGCUGCGUGUCGCCAUGAGCGACGGCAGCAGCGAGCUUCGCGCCGCGGCAACCAGGGGUGUGACCAGUCUGCUGCAGCGCCAUGGCAACGCAUCUCACCACCUUGUCUUCGACCUUCUCCAUCCACGGGUCGAAGAUUCUGACAAGAAGGUGCAGAUUGCAUUGGCUGAGAUGAUUGGCAGAACCGUCUGUGUGAUGGCAGGCACAUCUCGUUUCGUCAGGCCAGGAACGCCAGCGUUCGUUUCACCGCUGUGCCUACAGAUGGCGUUGCGGUGCGACUCAUGCGGCGACGGCGACGUGGGCCGGCUCCCCGCGCGCGACUCCCGGCGGCGGGAGCGGAGGAGACAGAGACAAGGACACAACUCGUCGAUCUAG